GCUCUCACCCCAGAGCCCGCCGUUCGGGGAGAGGGCUGGGCCUAGCGCGCGAGCUCUGCCCCGCGCCCUAUCAGCGGCGUCCCCGUCGCCUGGCUACCCUCCACGGCGCCGCCCCCACGGAGGCGACGCCCCUUGCGGAGGAGGCCACGCCCCCGCGCCAUGCGGAAGGGCCCCGGUGGCUCCCGCCGGGCCCGGGCCGCGGGUUCGGGGCCCGGUCCCGGCCCGGUGGCGGUGCCGGUUCCGCUGCCGGGUCCUGGGCUCUGCCCGCGGUCGCGCCGCUGUCCCCGACCGUUGCUGCCGCUCCUGGCGCUGGCGGCCGCUGCUGCCGCCCUCCUCUACGUCGCAUGGCCCGGCGGGGAACGGGGCACUGGCCCGCCCCCCCCCGGUCCACCCUCGGAGCAGGCUCUACGGGUGCUGCUGGGGCAGCUGGAUCCCACCCGCCUGCGGGACACCUUCCUGCGGCCCCUCCUGCGAGAACGGGUGCCAGGGGGGCCUGGGAGCCGCGCUGCCCGCCAGCACAUCAUGGGGUGCUUGGGUGCCCUGGGGGCUGCCUGGCACCUGGAACUUGACGCCUUCGAAGCAGUGACUCCCCGGGGACCAGUGACCUUCACCAACGUGGUGGCCACGGUCGCCCCCGCCGCCCCCCGCCGCCUGGUCCUCGCCUGUCACUACGACACAAAGAUCUUGCCCCCUGGUCCCAGCCAGCAGCUCUUUUUGGGGGCCACCGAUUCGGCCGUGCCCUGCGCCAUCCUCCUGGAGCUGGCAGCUGCCCUUGACCGGCCCCUGCGACGUGCUAAGGACAGGGGCGCAGAAGUGACGCUGCAGCUGCUGUUCCUGGAUGGGGAAGAAGCUUUCGGGGACUGGAGCGUCACUGACUCCCUCUACGGCGCCCGGCACCUGGCGGCACGUAUGGCUGCCACCCCCCACGGGCCACACGGCACCCAGAUCACCACCAUGAGCCUGCUGGUGCUGCUGGACCUGCUGGGCACCCGUCACCCUGCCAUCCACAGCCACUUCCCCCGGACCCACCACUGGUUCCUGCGCCUCGUCGCCAUCGAGCAGCGCCUGCGGCGGCUGGGGCUGCUGCAUGUCCUCCCCCAGGACCAGCCCUUCUUCCGCCUCAGCCCGGCCCCAGGACCUGUCGAGGAUGACCACGUCCCCUUCCUCCAGCGAGGUGUCCCCGUGCUGCACCUUAUCCCCACGCCCUUCCCACGUGUAUGGCACACGCUUGAGGACACCGAGGACAACCUGCACCCCCCCACCAUGGAAGCCCUGUGCAAGAUCCUGGUUGCCUUCGUGGCCGAGUUCCUGCAGUUCUGAGCCCCGCUGUUACCCGUCACUCCCAGCCUGCACCCGCUGGGGACUCUGGGCUGUACUGGGAGCCAUCAGUAAAGUGCUUGGUGACCA